GUGUCAGUUUUGCAGUCAAUUCUGUGUCAGGCUUUCAGCAGUCCUUGCUGUUUCAAAUAACAUGUUGGAUCAUGCAAAUGAAUUUUCAGCGUUACUGAAUGAAAGUGCCAAUAUCAAUGCUGUUUGGGCAUCACUUAUUGUUGAAGAAUGUGCAAGACUUGGUUUGACGUAUUUUUGUGUUGCUCCUGGAUCUAGAUCUUCCCCACUUGCUGUUGCUGCUUCAAGUCACGAGUCAAUCACAUGUAUUUCGUGCUUUGAUGAGCGUUCACUUGCAUUUCAUGCAGUUGGAUAUGGAAGAGGAUCUCACAUUCCAGCAGUAGUCAUAACAUCAUCAGGCACUGCAGUUUCAAACCUUCAUCCGGCUGUUGUGGAGGCAAGUCAAGAUUUUGUUCCACUUAUUUUACUUACAGCAGAUCGACCUCCAGAGAUGCUGGAUUGUGGGGCAAACCAAGCAAUUGAUCAGGUCAACCAUUUUGGUUCUUUUGUGAGAUUUUUCUUUAAUCUUCCUCCACCCACAGAUCAGAUUCCUGCAAAGAUUGUACUUACUACUCUUGAUUCUGCUGUACAUCGGGCAACUUCUUCACCGUGUGGUCCAGUGCAUAUUAACUGCCCUUACAGAGAGCCUUUGGAAAGCAGUCCCCGCAAAUGGUUGUCAAGCUGUUUAAAGGGAUUAGACUUCUGGAUGACUAAUGCUGAACCAUUUACCAAGUAUAUUCAUAUGGGAUUGUCUAAUACUUGUAAAAGUGCUUCUGGCGAAAUGAUUGAAGUUUUAAAUCUGAUAAUAAGGGCCAAGAAUAGUCUUCUACUAUUUGGUGCAAUCCAUACAGAAGAUGAGAUGUGGGCUGCUCUGCUUUUGGCUAAACACCUCCAGUGGCCUGUUGUAGCAGAUAUCUUGUCAGGGCUGCGGUUGAGAAAGCUUUUAACUUCUUUUCCUGAUAUUGAAAGAAACUUUACAUUUGUAGAUAAUCUUGAUCAUGCUCUGCUCUCAGAUUCAGUCAAGGCCUGGUUAGAGAUUGAUGUGGUUAUUCAGAUAGGAAGCAGGAUAACUAGCAAACGAAUCUGUCAAAUUCUUGAGGGCUGUGCUCCUUUUUCAUAUAUUAUGGUUGACAAGCAUCCAUUUCGUCACGAUCCGUCACAUAUUGUAACCCAUCGGAUACAAACUACCGUUUUUGAUUUUGUGGGUUGUUUACUUAAGGCUACAGUUCCACAUACAAGGAGCAUGUGGUGUACUUCCCUGCAAUUGUUGAGUAAAAUGGUUGAAUGGCAGAUGCAUUUUCAAAUAACUGCUGAGUGCUCCCUAACUGAACCUUAUGUUGCACAUGUGAUGUCAGAAGCUCUUUCCUCUGAGUCUGCUCUUUUUCUUGGUAACAGUAUGCCUAUUCGUGAUGCAGAUAUAUAUGGACAUAGUUGGUCCAUAUGCAGUCAUAGUGUCACAUCUCUCUUGUUGAAUUCAGACCUACCAAUUAACUUGACGAGGGUGGCUGCUAAUAGGGGGGCUAGUGGUAUUGACGGGUUACUUAGCACAGCCAUUGGUUUUGCUGUUGGAUGCAACAAAAGAGUGUUCUGUGUAAUUGGAGAUAUUUCUUUACUGCAUGAUACAAACGGUCUGACAAUUUUGAACCAGCGGAAAUUGCGGAAACCAAUGACGAUUCUUGUGGUAAAUAAUCAUGGAGGUGCAAUUUUCAGUCUUCUUCCUUUGGCAGAUAAAGUUGAACCCAAUAUACUGCAUAAAUAUUUCUACACCUCUCAUAACAUUUCAAUCCGUGAGUUAUGCAUGGCACAUGGCAUCAAACAUUUACAUGUGAAGACAAAGGCAGAAUUUAAAGAAGCUUUGUGUGUAGGUCAACAUGAGCAGAUGGAUUGUAUGGUUGAAAUUGAGAGUUCCAUUGAUGCCAAUGCCAAUUUUCACAGCAUUUUGAAAAAAUUCGCUCUGCAAACUGCACAAGACACCAUAAGAUUCCUCUCAGUGCUUUUUGGUGAAGGCUCUACAAAAGAUGAGUUCUGUUUAUACAAAAUUCGAAAAAUAGAGUGUUCAAAAUAUAGAAUUGCACUAAGUGGUCCACCAACAUCAGCAUCUGUUGGUGAGAGUUGUAUGAAUUUCUAUAGAGAAGGAUUUAUUUUAUCUUUAAUUCUUGCGGAUGGAAGUGUUGGUUUUGGUGAGAUUGCACCUCUCGAGAUCCACAAGGAAAGUCUGGUAGAUGCAGAGUAUCAACUUAGGUUUCUUACUCAUGUCAUGGAACAGGUUGAUUUUAGUUGCUUCCUGUCACUAUUGAAGGGCUCAUUUUCAUAUUGGAUAUGGAAUGAAUUGGGCAUCUUGCCAUCUUCUAUUUUUCCUAGUGUCAGAUGUGGUUUGGAAAUGGCUAUCCUCAAUGCCAUAGCUGAUGCAAAAGGCUCCAACUUGUUGAGCAUACUCCAUCCCCCAACAAAUAAGAACGACAAAUGUGAAAGGUCAUUAGCAGUUCCAAUUUGUGCAUUGAUUGAUUCAAAUGGUUCUCCAACUGAAGUAGCUAAUGUUGCUGCCACUCUAGUUGAGGAAGGAUUUUGUGCAAUUAAGCUGAAGGUAGCACGUGGGGGUAAUCCAAUGCAGGAUGCAGCAAUAAUUCAAGAAGUGAGAAAAAAAGUUGGUUGCCAGAUUAUCAUCCGUGCAGAUGCAAAUCGAAAUUGGACUUAUGAAGAAGCUAUGGAAUUCAGCUCUUUGAUUAAGGAUUGUAACCUGCAGUAUAUUGAGGAACCUGUUCAGGAUGAAGAUGAUAUUCUCAUGUUUUGUCAAGAAAGUGGCUUACCUGUUGCCCUGGAUGAAACCAUAGAUAAAAUUCAAGAAAAUCCCAUGGAAAAGCUAGUGAAGUUUACUCAUCCUGGAAUAGUUGCUGUUGUUAUCAAGCCAAGUGUUGUUGGUGGAUUUGAGAAUGCCGCAUUAAUUGCACAAUGGGCACACCAGUUGGGGAAGAUGGCUGUUGUCAGUGCUGCAUUUGAAAGCAGUCUGAGUCUCUCUGCAUAUACUCAGUUUUCUAGUUAUCUUGAAAUACUGAGUUUAGGUACAUUCAAAGUGUUAGAUGAUAAGGCAGCACCGUCUGUAGCUCAUGGCCUAGGGACCUAUCGUUGGCUUAAGGAAGAUGUGACACCUUAUCCUCUUUUGAUUGGUCGUAAUCCACAUAGUGGUUUUGUUGAAGCAUCUGUGGCAAAUGCUAGUCAGUUGCUACAUGAUUUUCAAGUCAACCAGAAUGUCAUCUGUAAUAUCACUACUGAGCAGCAAGUUCGUCGGUACCAAUUGAAAGUAGAACUUACCAAUUUGUCUUGUUCUUUUGAAGUUCACGAGACUGGCCUAAAAUCAACGGAUAAUGUACUAGUAUUUCUUCAUGGUUUUCUUGGAGCUGGUGAAGAUUGGAUAACUAUCAUGAAGACCUUUUCUGGAUCAGCAAGAUGCAUUUCAGUUGACCUUCCUGGUCAUGGAAAAUCGAUAUUACAUUGUGCAAUGGCUGCUGGUGAGGAACCCUGUUUGUCACUGGAGAUAAUUGCUGAGAUAUUACAUAAACUAAUUCAUCAUAUAGCUCCAGCAAAAGUUACAAUAGUUGGGUAUUCAAUGGGAGCAAGGAUUGCUUUGUAUAUGGCACUGAGAUUUAGCAGUAAGACAAAGGGAGCUGUCUUAAUAUCUGGAAGCCCUGGAUUAAAAGAUAAAUUAUCAAGAAAAACUCGUGCAGCUAAGGACGAUGCUAGAGCCCACUCUGUUGUUGCGCAUGGUUUACAACUUUUUCUCAGUUCCUGGUAUGCAGGAGAGCUGUGGAAAAGCUUAAGGAGCCAUCCCCAUUUCAAUCGAAUCAUUGCUAGUCGUUUGCAGCACAAUGACAUGCGGAGUCUUGGCCAAAUGCUGUCUGGAUUAAGCAUCGGAAGGCAGCCGUCGUUGUGGGAAGAUUUGCCGAAUUGCAGAGUACCGCUUCUUAUCAUACACGGAGAGAAGGAUAUGAAAUUUAAGAAAAUUGCACAAGAAAUGAUGAAUGCAAUAUGCUCUGGAUUGGGGAGUCAGCAUGAAAAAGGGAAUGACAUGCAUGAGUUGGUUGAGGUUCCCAACUGUGGGCAUGCUGCCCAUUUGGAGAAUCCUCUUCCUAUCAUUGCAGCCUUGAGGCAAUUCAUGACAAGAUUAUGAAAGGUUUAUUGUCCAGUCAGAGGAUCAAAACAUGAUGUAAUAUCUUUUCAAGAUGUAACCUGUUAAUUAUAACAGCUUUAUGCAAGUUCAGAAUUACCUUGAACGCUAUGCUGGCUCUAACUUCCGUAGUAAUUGUUCUUUUAAAGUUCAGUGUUUAUUAUUUGGAUUUUAUUAUGAGACUAGAUAGAUUGGAGUGCAUAUUAUUGUAACACAGCAUACAACUGCAUAAGUAGGUUUAUUUAGAUGAACUAGAAAAUGUUUUAAUGGGAUCUAAAUCCCAUAU